GAUCAGCUGUAAAGGGUUAAACUUCAACACUUAGUCAUGACACUGAAACCCGAGACUGUUCCUGAUGGAUGCGCCCGAAGGCGGCUGAGACCUUUUUAGGAGUUUGUUUUGAGUAGAAUUCUUCCAGGUGGGGUUUUUUUUUUUAAAAAAAUGUCGUCAUGAUAUUUGGCACGGGUUUAAGGUAAAGCUGAUGCGCCCUUUGUGUCCCGUGCUCGGCGCACCGCGUCUCGGCUACAGCGGGGAAGAAGUUACGCAUUUCCAAAUAGUCGAAGUUUAUGGAUUGUCCCUCUGAUUGGCAGGAAGCAAACGUAAUGGUGGAUUACAGUGUUUCCGAUGUACCAGAAGCCCUAUUCUCAAAGAACAGUUUUAAAAUGGAGGAGCUGGCUCUAAUGGCCUUGCUGGAGUGCCCUCUGUGUCUGGAGCAGCUGGAUGCGUCAGCCAAGGUCCUUCCCUGCCAGCACACUUUCUGCCUGCCCUGCCUGCAGAGGCACGAGGCUGACCAGUACCAGCUAUUUUGCCCAGAGUGCCGCGCUCCUGUCCCGGCCAGGACCGCAGAGGAGCUGCCGACAAACCUCCUGCUGGUGCGGCUCCUGGAGGGGCUCAACGGUCCCUCGGGCCCCAGCAAGAACACACAGAAAUCCCGCUAUGCAGUGCCCGUGUCCCGGGAAAGCUUAACAGCCAGGGAUGAUAAGCAGCACCAGGAGAGUCCAAACAGAGAGAAGCAGGGGAACAAUGAGGCUGCUCACAGAGCAUCAGUGUAUAGCCACAGAGGUGAUCUGUCAGGAGAGCUGGUCCUCUCGGCUGGUAACGCUAUCACACCAACACACAAAGGGGAUGACAACUGGCACGCCGGCGACAGUAGCAGUGCGUCUGUCAGUGCGCAGCAGGCCGUCAGCCAGACACCUCAGCUGCAGCCCCUCCAGCAGCUCCAAGCACCAGCUCUGUGCAGAGCACUGUGUGACUUUAAACCAGAAGAAAUGAAUCUGGAAGACAGCAAAUAUUUUCUCAGCUUCCUCAAGGGAGACAUUCUUACUUUCAUCAGGCGGGUGGAUGAAGACUGGAUCGAGGCCAAGCUGGGGGAGAAAGUGGGAUUCUGCCCUGAGCAGUUUACAGAGCCAAACUCUGUGGCUGCCAAAUUGCUGAAGGGAAAGAGUCGGAGGGGGGGGGAUCCAGCAGAAUUUCACCAUCAGACUUCGAGCGGGGGCAAAGACAAGGCCACUGACGCGUCCAAUAGGACUGCCCGUUACGGAGUACCUCAAGCCCCAGCUAAGACGCCCGUCAUCAACGCGUUGCCCCUCUCCAACCAGCGGAAACAGCCCGCAGCCGGAGGAAGCAACUUUUAUCAGACAGGAGACAGCAACAACACCUUCAACAGCUACAACCGUCAGGGUCAGACGCAGCACCUCUCUGUGCCCACUGCCACCCGGGGCCACUCUCAUUCUUCCAGAGUGAACUCUCAGCGAAGACGGCGCUCUGAUUCGCACACACACCUGUUACAAAGCGAGAAGAAAAUGACCAGCGAGACUCCGCCCACAAUCUCUAUGGCUCUGAUGAACCCCCAGAUGCCCUCUGCCUCUGCAGACGGCAAAACCUCCUCCACACAGCAGCUCUCCAUCAGUGUGUGUGCUGUCCUCUACUCCUACAAACCACGCCGACCGGAGGAGCUGGAGCUGAGGAAAGGGGAAAUGGUGGGCGUGUACGGAAAGUUCAAAGAAGGCUGGCUGCGUGGGUUAUCGCUGAGAACAGGCAAAGUGGGCAUUCUUCCCAGCAACUACGUCACUCCUGUGCUCAGAACCUCGGCCAGACUGCUGGAGACCAAAGCGCCUAAUGUGCCCUCGCAGUACAGCACUUUAUCUGCAAAGAAACACACAGCUGCCAAGAACCCUACUGUGGUCCUUGCUCUUGAUAAGGUGAAUGGUGAUGGAGCGAUAUACUCACCAGGACAGAUCCCAUCUGUGCCAAACGGAGCACACCAUGCAGUGUCGUCCGCUGGGAUUGGAAAACCUACCUUCUACGGGGAUUCACAGGGUUGGGAGACUGUAAGGCGCAUUUUUCACCCACAUAGAGGCUCAAAUCGCGCGUCCCACAUGGGCAGUUCCCACGUUCCCUCCAACUUGCAGCACUUUGCACAACAUCAGGCAUCUGGCUACUCGCCUGCUCUGCAGAGGAAGAAGGGCAGCAGCUUUGUAUCCAAUGCUAACAUACCGCUGGGUUGGAUGACUGAUCCAGCAGCGCCCUCUUCUGCUGUAUUCAUGAAGGACAGGGACAUCACUGCCCCUCAGUCAAUUCUAGUAAAGCCUGACAUGCACAAGACCAGUGCAGAGAAGUCGGCAAAGUCAGUGCGGUUUGUCACAAAUGAAGACUCCCCUCCCCCAAGACAUCGGACCGCCUCUUGGUCAUCAGGAAAUCAGGUUCUCUCCAACAGCCGACCCGGGCCCCUUCCUUUAGAAGUGUGGGCCCCAUCGCUCACACUGGGAAGGGACGGACCUGGGAUUAUCCUCAAAGAUGGAAAAGGUCCUAUUCUCCGGAAAGGGCUUGAAACAGCCAUGACAGAUUUUUAUACUAACCAGAAGCCGACAACCUCACAGCCGACGUUGUCAGCUAUGUCAGCACAGUUCAGCCCAAGUAGACACAGAGUUACCACGACACAUUUAGCCCAAACAAACUCAGAGCUCAGUCUGCUUCAAGGAGAGCUUGUCCUCGUCCACAGACCGCGACCUGAUGGGCGGGUUCUUGUUACUCAGGAGAGCAGUGGGCAGACAGGAUUAUUCCAGAGCAGUAUUCUUCAAUCCCUCGAACGCCUCAGCUGACCGUCCAUUCCUUCUGUAGUUCUGUAUAUUUCUAAAUACCAUGUUUUAAAACUGCCAAGUGACUUGAUAGACCUGGUGAUGCGUCUAGAGCUGCAAAGGUUAAUCCUGCCAAACGACAAUUGGAAGGUGGAAGGUGUUUAUUUUUGUUCUGAUUUAGAGUAUGGGUAAAUUCUCUGGAAAUAUUUGUUGCGUCCUUUAAUGUCCGUGCAUGUUUGUUUACACAUGUACUAUUACAAGAUUUUGCACACAAAAAAAAAACACUUAACGACUGUUCCUCGUUUUAUACCCAUGUUACACGCAUUUGUGAGUGCCUUUGUCAAAACCCAUUAAGAAAGUAUUAACUAUAUUUGUACAUAAUUAGAGAAAUUAUGAGGUGAAAUACCUUUCUGGUAAUAAAGUAUACUUCCUUGA